CAGCAUAUUGAGCACAUAUACUUCGAAAGCACUAGCUGAUUAUUAAUUACUUAAACGGACUUUGAUCCUGUCACAGAUAAAUAUAUAUAUAUAUAUAUAUAAGAAUAAUAUAUACCAUCGUUUUCAUCAGAUUCCGGCUAAAAUAGCUCCAAAAGUGUUUUAUAUACCGUACUGCGUCCUUAGAGAUCCAUAAAAAAGAAUAAGAAUUGUCUUGCCACGAUGUCCAUCGUAACGAAAGGUGUUUUUAUUGUUGCUGCAAAGCGCACUCCAUUUGGUACAAUGGGUGGCAUGUUUGUAAAUAAAAGCGCAACUGAUUUGUCAAUUGUUGCAUCAACUGCUGCAAUUCAAGCAGCAGGUCUAAAACCAGAGAAGAUAGACAGUGUUAUAUUUGGACAUGUCAUGGUAUCAUCAUCUUCCGAUGGAGGUUUUCUAGCAAGGCAUGUUUUAUUGAAAUCAGGAAUUCCAUUGCAAAGACCAGCAUUUGCUGUAAAUAGAUUAUGCGGAUCUGGUUUUCAAUCAAUUGUUAACGGAGCUCAGAAUAUUUUAACAGGAGAGUCAAAGAUUGUCUUAACGGGUGGUGCAGAAAACAUGAGCCAAGCUCCUUUUGUUGUGAGAAACAUUCGUUAUGGAACUUUUUUGGGUCAGAAAUUGGAUUUUGAAGACUCACUCUGGCUUGGAUUACUCGAUACUUAUUGCAAUUUGCCAAUGGGUUUGACUGCGGAGAAACUUGGUGCUCAAUACAAUUUAAAGAGGGAGGAGGUUGAUCAGUUUGCUUUAAGUAGUCAACAGCGUUGGAAAGCUGCCAACGAUGCGGGUCGUUUUAAUGAAGAAAUAGCGCCUGUGCAAGUGAAAAUUAAGAAGCAGGAUACAAUUGUCAAUGUGGAUGAACACCCGCGACCGCAAACGACAAUAGAAAGUCUUACUAAACUAAAACCAGUUUUUCAAAAAGAUGGAUUAGUCACAGCUGGUUCCGCAUCGGGUAUUUGCGAUGGUGCUGGCGUUGUUAUUUUAGCAAGCGAAGAAGCUGUCAAGACAGAAGGUUUAAAACCAUUGGCGCGUUUGGUUGGAUACAGCAUUGUCGGCGUAGAACCAAGUAUAAUGGGAAUUGGUCCCGCACCAGCAAUCAAGAACUUGCUUAAACUUACAGGCAAAACACUCGAUGACAUAGAACUGGUUGAGAUCAAUGAGGCAUUUGGAGCACAGACUUUGGCCUGUGCAAAAGAUCUUAAUCUUGAUUUGAAUAAAUUGAAUGUGGACGGUGGUGCUAUUGCUGUGGGACAUCCAUUGGCGGCUUCGGGUAGCAGAAUCACUGCUCAUUUAGUUCAUGAACUUAGAAGACGAAAUGCUGGAAAGUUUGCUAUUGGUUCAGCUUGUAUUGGUGGCGGUCAAGGCAUUGCUGUGAUGGUAGAAGCGCUAUAAUCAACUGAAAAGGUUGAUCUACUAUAUUUUUUCGAGACGUUUAAUAACGUUAAAUUACAGAAAUAAACGGAAAACGGAAUAAACGGAAUAUACCACGAAAUAAUAAAAAAAUAAUAUGUAGGAAAGUUUAUCAAUACUAAACAAACAAGAUUAAUAAUUUUUUAUCGUUUUACAGUAGUGACAUAUAUACAAACAGAUCAUAAAAAAUAUUUUUAUAUAUAAAAUUUUACAUACUUUUGUACAUACAGAGUGCUAUAAUGUUAAAUAAAACUAAGAUAUUAAUAA